GUUUGACCCCGCGAAACUGGGACCACGGAGAAGCCGACGGAUGGACGCCAUUUGUAUAUCCUGGGAUAACAAGCGUCACUCUAAGGUGUGAGGGAGACCACAACAAGAGAGUAGCGUCACUGGCUGCCCCUAAACAUGGCCGACGUUGAUAUUGAUCUCUACGGCGACGUGGAACAAGACUUUACUCAGGAUGACUUUGCUGAUGGAGACCUGUAUGAUGCGGUCCUCACGGGCGGAGGAAGAGAACGCGAACGUGAGGCCCCUCCCAGCCCACCCCCAGCCUCAACAGAACGUAAUGGAGGCACUGCCCCUACCCGCCAGUCAUCUUCUCAGUCUCAAAGAGGACGGUCCAUGUCCUCUGAAGAGCGUGCAGCCUUCUCUGGCCCCGUGCCACACACUGGACGCAAAUACCAACUGUAUGUGGGCAACUUGACCUGGUGGACAACAGACAAUGAUAUUGCUGCAGCUGUCCAGAACCUUGGUGUGAAUGACUUUUUGGAUGUUAAGUUCUUUGAAAACCGUGCCAAUGGUCAAAGUAAAGGUUUCUGUGCCAUCUCUUUGGGCUCGGAUCCCAGCAGUCGUCUCGUAAUGGAGAAACUUCCUCGUAAGGAAAUACACGGCAUGAACCCUGUGGUCACCUUUCCCAGCAAGCAGGCCCUAAAUCAGUUUGAGUCUCAGAGCAAAACUCGAGCAAGUCCUCAGCAUCAACAUCGUGGCGGCCCUGGUGGUCCAGGUGGCCAUCCAGGUGGAGGCCCAGGGGGCCCCGGAGGACCUCGAAUGCCACCACCAGGUCGUGGCAUGCCUCCACCAGGGAUGGAACAUAGACCACCAGGUCCGCCUGGGCCCCACGGUCCACAUGGAGGUUCACAUGGCGGCCCACACGGAGGCCCCCAUGGGGGUCCCCAUGGUGGUCCUCAUGGUCCUCAUGGUCCACAUGGUCCUCCUGGUGGACCACAUGGUCCUCCUGGUGGACCACAUGGUGGACCACAUGGCGGUCCCCAUGGUGGCCCCCAUGGUGGCCCUCAUGGUGGCCCCCAUGGUGGCCCCCAUGGACCCCCUGGACCUCAUGGACCUCCAGGUAUGGGUCCUCAUCAUGGACCUCACCAAGGUCCUCCACGUGGACCUCCACCUCACAACAUGCAAGGUCCUGGUCCACGAGCACCUCCACCACCUGGUCACAUCCAAAGACCCAUGCAUCCUGGAGGCCCAGGUGGACCACCACCAGGACAUGGUGGUCCACCCCCUCGUGGACCACCUCCCAACAUGGGUCCUCCACCAGGUCAGCAUGGACCACCACCACCUCGUGGACCUCCCCCUCCCAUGGAUCCAAGAGCUCCGCCACCAAGGCCAGACUUUAUACAAGUAAACCCUCAUCUGCAUCGAUCAGGACGGAGGCCAUUUCCAACGCCUGUGAAUCCGAGACUGGGUGGCUUCCCGGCCACGAGCAGUCCCCCCUCGGUUCCCCACAACCUGGCACUCCCCGCGAGGCCUCCUAUCACGCAAGGUACCCUCACCACAGGCUUAUAUGGCAAUGGUCCCCCACCACAUGGAGGCCCACCACCACAUGGUCCUCCCCCUCACGGCAGCGGUCCUCCAGCCCCUCAUGUCAACCCAGCAUUCUUCCCUCCACACAGUGCUCCUCCUCCUGCUGCAGCUGCACCUCCAGCACAUUAUGCCCCACCACCACCAGCUCACCAGCAUGGUGGGUUCGGCGGGGGUGAUCACCGCAUAGAAGGACCACCACCACUCUCUGAAGCGGAAUUUGAAGACAUAAUGAACCGCAAUCGUACAGUGUCAAGUUCAGCAAUUGCUAGGGCUGUUGCUGAUGCUUCAUCUGGUGAAUAUGCCAGUGCAAUAGAAACCUUGGUGACUGCCAUCUCCCUUAUUAAACAGUCAAAGGUUGCUCAUGAUGAUCGCUGCAAGAUUCUCACAAGUUCUCUUCAGGAUACACUUCAUGGCAUUGAAGCUAAAAGUUAUGGUUCAAGUAAAAGACGAGAGCGAUCACGAACACCCAGCAGACGGCAUCGUCGAGACAGAUCUCGUUCAAGGGAAAGAGACUACCGUGACCGCUCCCGAUCACAUUCACGUGAGCGUGACUAUGAGCGUCAUCGCAGUGAAAGGGAUCGUGGAACUUCAGAUCGCACAUCAGAACGUGACAGAGAUUAUGAGAGGUCAUAUAGCCGAGAACGGGAAUAUGACCGAGCCCGUGAGCGAGACAGAGAGAGAGACAGAGACCGUGAAAGACAAAGUGCAGAACAUCAAAGUCAAGUCGUGUCAAAGGUCAAGGUCACAGCUGAAGUUCAGAGAUCAAAAAUGGCAUCCGCGGGGUACUAUGAUGAACGUUACCGGGAACGAGAUGCAAGAAGAGAGAGGAUUGAAGAACGUCCAGUUCGUGAACGCAUCGAAGAACGCAGCACACGGGAAGAUGUCAGAGAACCUGUCCGAGAACGUGAACGCGAUCGUGACCGAGAAAGGGAGCGCGAAAGGGAUGUUAGAACUAGAGAAGAAAGGGAAUCAUCAUCUCACCGGUCCUCCAGACACUAAACCCUCCUCCUCUUCUCAUCCUUUCCAAUGUGUACGAGGAAGCUUUUGUUUAUAUGUAACAGUUUAGUCAUUGUAGAAGUUCAGUUAUUUCCUUAUAGGUGUGUUGCUCUCCUUGUAAGGAGAUGUAUCUGAAGUAGAAAGGCUUCUUAACAUGAGUGUUAUGUGUGGAGCAUGAGGAUGGAACUC